AUGGCAACGGCACACUCCCCUGAACGCUUCUCAUUUGCUAUGGAACGUGCAUUGUAUUCUCUUGAUAGUUUGCUGAAGAAGGUUAGAAAUUUGCGAGGACUCCCCAAAGAAGUCAUAAUUGAUCUCCUAUGUGACUCAGUCUCUGCUCUAACGACAUUGAAAGAGCGUGGCAUAGCUCAUCGUGAUAUCAAGCAUCUUAAUAUUCUUGGUAUUCCCUGGGUCAACAAAAGGAAGAAGUUCUGUGAUAUGGGUGUUUCGAGUUUUGUACAUGAAGACGGAGUAAUGCAAACACUUGUCGGAACACCUAAUGCUUUGUGUCCCGAAUUAGCAGCUGCCUAUGCUCAGCGACGAACCAGGACGAAUGAUAACUAUACGAGAGAGCAGUGUGACUUAUGGUCGUUUGGAUGCACGCUGUAUUUCGUUGCAACAGGAACAUUCCCCUUCCCUAUGGAUGCUAAGGACACUAUUGUAUACGCUCGAGCUGUAGCAGAAGGCAUCCGCCCAGAGGGAGCUAUAUCAGCCGAAAGAGUAUGCGGAGAGAGCAACCGAUACAUGUACAAAUACGGAUACAAACUUGAGAAUCCCAUCUAUCCAAAGUAG